CACUUGCUCCCAAAGAGAUCUCCCAAUUUCUUAUGAUUUCCUCAUGUCCAGCGAGCGAAUUUAAGAACUCGUCGUCUCCACUUCCAGUCCAAAGAGAUCUGUGCUGUUUUUUGGCUGCUUGAGUAGUAUUUUUGAAAGCAAUUUGGCAUCAGUGUGAUGAAAUUUUUGUUGUUUUUCUGUCUUCUUGGUGGCAGUUGUUUUUCCCACUGUGUGGACUAGUGUUGAGCAAAGGUUGAAGCAGACCCUCGAUUUGAUGUUCUUGACAAAACUUUGAAAUUUUCUCUUGAUUUUGUAAGAUUUUUUUUAUCGGGGGUCGAUGCAGAUGCACCUACUACCCCACAGCUCCGACCUUUUGGUUGUUUCUACGACGCUUUGGAUUCAAGAAACCCAAAUCUGCUGCUGGAAUCCCAGCUCCAGAUUCAGGCUGCGGCAAUUCGGGCGAACUCGGUGAAAAAAAAAUUCCAAGAUUUGCCGCGCAAUCUGCAGGAGUUCAUCGGGGAUCUUGCGGCGGGAGCGUAAGCAGCCAAGAAAAUGCCGCCGCGGCAGCCGGAGCCGCCUUCCGGCCUCCCCGAGGAGGAGAAGGGGAGCAGCCAGGAGGAGGAGGAGGAGGCCAAUGUCCUCCUCGUCGAGGAGGCGGCCACGGGGAAGAAGGCGGCGGCGGCGGAGGAAGGCGGCGCGUCGUGGCGGCCUUCGCCGGUGGGGUGGUUCCGGAUGCUGGCGAGGGAGCUGCACUGGAGCUUCGUGUUCGGCGUGGUGUCGACGUACGGCAUCAGCCAGGGGCUCGGCGGCGGCAUCAUGCGCGUCGCGUCGGACUACUACUGGAAGGACGUGCAGCGAGUGCAGCCAUCGGCGGCGCAGGUGUACCAGGGGGUCACGUCGAUCCCGUGGAUGGUCAAGCCGCUCUGGGGCCUUCUCACCGACGUGCUCCCCGUCGCCGGCUACCGGCGCCGGCCCUACUUCAUUUUCGCAGGCUUCAUGGGAGUAGUUGCAAUGCUUGUAGUAGCUCUCCACAGCAAGCUUCACGUAUUGUUCGCAUUGUUGGCAUUGAUGGCUGGAAGUGCUAGUGUGGCAAUAGCUGAUGUAACUAUAGAUGCCUGUGUUGCUGAAAACAGUAUAAUGCACCCUCAUCUUGCUGCUGACAUGAUAAGCUUAAAUGGAUUCUGUGCAUCUGUGGGAGGGCUUAUUGGAUUCUCAAUAAGUGGUUUCCUUGUCCAUGCAAUAGGGUCUCAAGGUGCUCUUGGCAUGUUAGCUAUACCUUCUGCCCUGGUAAUUUUAGCUGGAGUGAUGAUAAAGGACGUUCAUUUGCCGGAUUUUCCAUAUGAGCUGGCCCACAUGAAAUUUGUAGAGGCAACUAGAAAAAUGCUGGCGACUUUAAAAUGUCCUGAAGUAUGGAGGCCAUGUUUUUACAUGUACAUGUCUCUUGCUUUGAGUGUGGACAUUCAAGAAGGAAUGUUCUACUGGUACACAGAUCAAAGUGCAGGCCUAUCAUUUUCUGAGGGAUUCAUUGGGUUUAUCUAUGCAAUUGGGUCAGUUGGUUCUCUUAUUGGAGUCAUACUUUAUCAAAAUAUCCUGAAGGACCAUUCUUUUCGCAACCUUCUCUGUUUAAGCCAGCUGUUGCUAAGUAUGUCAGGAAUGCUUGAUCUGAUCUUGGUACUUCGUCUCAACCUAAAACUGGGGAUACCUGAUUACUACUUUGCUGUGAUCGACGAGGGUGUCUCCAAAAUGAUCAACCGAAUAAAGUGGAUGCCUCUUUUGGUGCUCAGCUCAAAGCUUUGCCCUCCUGGCAUUGAAGGCACAUUCUACGCAUUGCUCAUGUCCAUUGACAAUGUUGGCUUGCUAUCUGGGUCUUGGGCAGGUGGACUGAUCCUUCAUGUGUUGAACAUCACAAGAACAGAGUUCAAAAACCUAUGGGCCGCGAUCCUAAUCCGAAAUGCAAUGAGGUUGCUGCCUUUGGCCCUGUUGUUUUUGGUGCCGAGAAGUGACCAGAAUUCUAGUCUGCUUCCUGUUGAAUUGCUUACUGAGGAUGACAAUGCUCAAUCUCAAGUGGAAAAUGUUGAGUUAACAUCUCUUACAGUGGAUGGGAAAUCGAGCACUGCUUUUCUGCAUGAAGAAUGCAAAAUUCAGGAUGAUGUUGAACAAGACGAUGAUGAGGCUUCACUGCUUGCCAACAGGAGCUGAUAAAUCAUAUACAGGGUUCUUUUCCAGUACACGACUGAAUACUUGAAAAUCAGACAAAAAAAGCCACACUACACCAUUAGUUUCACAUUUUUUUAUUGUUGUUUGUGUUAUAUUCAUUCAUUUUAAAUCAGCACAGUAGAUACUCAAACGCUAUACGCAGAAUAUUUUCCUUCGACGAAAAUCAAAUGCUAGGAAGUUUAAUCCUGGGGUGUUUAAGCUGCUCCUGCAAAUUUCUAUUUCUGACACUGGCUUUACCAACUGUCAAUUCAUCAUCCUGGUAAGGUAAGCAUCUUCCUUGCUCCAACUAAGGUACUCUUCCGUCCCAAAAUAUAGUUACUUUGUAAUUUCAA